AGCGAGAAAGAGAGAGAGAGAGAGAGUGGGUGAGGGGAGUGUGCAAAGAGAGCGAGAUGAUUAGAUUGGAGAGAGAGAGAGAGAGAGAGAGAGAGAGGAGGAGAGAAGCGGUGAAGUGAAUGCAGCUGAAUCACAGGGAAAAGUCCACCAGGUGGAUGCACGGAUGCAUAGAUUGAUGUAUGGAUACACGGAUGGAUGGAUUCAUGGAAGCCACCGGGAUCAACAAAUGGAUAGGCUGAAUGUCGGCGUUUCGUCCACAAAACGAGGAAACCCGGGAGCCCGUCUGCCCUCGCAUCUGCAUCUCCUGUGAGAGAGCCGCAGUGGAAAAACCAGCGCACAAGUUAUUCCUCGUGAAAAAGCCGACAGAGGGAAUUCAAACUGCCAUAUAGCGAGCACAUUGGUAUUCAGCCCAGCGAGCUCCACGAUCUCACUGCGCCUUUCCCCAGGACGGGAUCACAGAGCGGCGAUUGUGCGACCCAGUGGAAAGCCCCCCCUGCCUCCUACCCCCAUCUCAAAUGAAUGUGACGUCUUUGGCGGACGACAUGGCGAUGAGCUAACCAGCACCAGCAGCAGCAAACCCCCAUUUUGGAUAAGCUGGACCCGGGCUUCAGAGGAGUCCAUUCAAUUCAGCUUGUCGUGGGGGGGGGCGGGGGCUUCAUCGGAAACGAAAUAGACUUGUUGUGAUGCCCCAAGAAGACGAUGGAGUUUUCGGACACCAUCCGGAACCAUCCCCCGGAUAUCCUGUUGAGGUUGCAAUAUUUAGUGGGCGCACACAGGAAAACAGGAAGUAAUUGAAAACCUUAUUUCCUCUUUUGGGAAAAACAAAACUGUGUAUCCUGAUUGACUUAUCAGAAGGAGAACUAAUUUUUAUUAGGAACAAUUUCAUCCCAACUUUUUUUUUUUUUUCCGCACUGAUGGAGGAAUAAAGCGAUCCAGAAACCAUAACAAACAAACAGGUAGAGGAAAAAGAGAGAGAAUUAACAAGGGUUGUUUAAAAGCCUUUUUAAAAAGCCCAUCGGUGCUGUAUUGGAGUGCAAUGUGCCGGGAAGGGAUUGUUUGGAGGUACUAGGGUUUAAAAGACCGCCCCACCACCAACACCACCACCUGCUCGGACUGUCUCUUUGGACUUGAACGCAGAUGGAAAAGAUGACUGAGUACACAGACAGACAGGUCUUUUCCAAGCGUCAUGGCGUGGAGCCAGGAGCUGCAGACAGCAUGCAACUCAUUGUCAUUCUGAGUGGCGUGUGAGAAGGAAAGACAGCGGAAAAGGGACGCGUGUGGAAAAAAAAAGGGGGGUGGGGGGGUGGAAGAGACGUAAGGAAUAGGGGGCAGCCUUGUUGUUUUGUCGCUCUGGCCUGCUUUUUUUUUUUCCCCCCACUCAUAAAACAGGUGGCAAGAGAGCAGGUGUGUGAAAAUCCUCCUCUUCUUCUUCUACUUCUUCAUCUGAACGACAUUUUACUCUUUUAUGUCCCUUUUGCUUCCCGCCAGCUGGCAAGGUGAUUGCUUUUCGGGAAAAACAAGAAAAGGAGGACAACAAAAAAGAAAAAAGGGAUUAUUUUUGUUACCAUCGCAUUAUAAACACCGGAGAUUCCUUCAGUGCCCCACCCGCCACCCCACUCCAUAACACCAUGAAGCCCUCUAGCCUUGGCUGAAGCUUGAAGUGCUCCCGACCGCCACUUCCCCCUUUUCCCCCAGCGUUCCAAGACUCCUUCUCAAGCGGGCUACAUCCUGGUUUCUGGAGAAUGACGAGCCGACGGGUGACACCAUUAUGAUUCUGGACGGGUGGACGUUUCCAUUGACGCCAUAGUGACUCAAACAAAAGGUGGCGGUAUAGGCAGCCAGCAGACCGUUCUCCAUGAGGAGCAGUAGAAGAUGCCGGCUCUGCCAGCACUGCUGCUGUCAAUACACUUCCUGUGCUUUUUCUUGCUAGCCAACAUGCCGCCACACUCGCUCAGUCAGGCCCCCGUGCUCUCCUCCGUCCGAAUGGCGGCAAUCUUGGACGACCAGUCGGUGUGUGGGCGAGGUGAGCGUCUGGCGCUGUCCCUGGCACGGGAAAACAUCAACAGCGCUAUGGAGGGCCCGGCCCGAGCCCGAGUGGAGGUGGACAUAUACGAGCUGCAGAAAGACUCACAGUACGACACCACUGACACAAUGUGUCAGAUUCUACCCAAAGGCGUCGUCUCUGUGAUAGGCCCCGCCUCCAGCCCUGCCUCUGGCUCGACUGUCAGUCACAUAUGCGGCGAGAAGGAGAUCCCGCAUGUCAAAAUCGGUCCAGAAGAGACGCCACGCUUACCGUAUCUCCGCUUUGCCUCCGUCACUCUGUACCCGAGCAACGAGGACCUGAGCUUGGCCAUAGCGGCCAUUCUGCGUUCCUUCAGCUACCCUUCAGCCAGCCUGGUCUGCGCUAAGGCUGAAUGCCUGCUGAGAUUGGAGGAACUGGUGCGUCGCUUCCUCAUCUCCCGCGAGACGCUGUCAGUCAGAAUGCUGGAUGACAACUUGGACCCGACCCCGCUGCUGAAGGAGAUACGUGACGACAAAGUCGCCACCAUCAUCAUCGACGCCAACGCCUCCGUCUCCUACCUCAUCCUGAAGAAGGCGUCAGAGCUGGGGAUGACGUCAGCGUUCUACAAGUACAUCCUCACCACUAUGGACUUCCCCCUGUUGAGACUGGAUGACAUUGUGGACGAGCAGUCUAACAUUGUGGGUUUCUCCAUGUUCAACACCACCCAUCCUUUCUACCUGGAGUUCAUCCGCAGCCUCAACCUAUCGUGGAGCGAGGGUUGCGAUCUAACGUACCCGGGCCCUGCGCUCUCGUCAGCGUUGAUGUUUGAUGCGGUGCACGUGGUGGUGGGAGCGGUGAGGGAAUUGAACCGCAGUCAAGAAAUCGGCGUGAAGCCGCUCAGCUGCACUUCGCCUCAGAUCUGGCAACACGGGACCAGUCUUAUGAAUUAUCUGCGCAUGGUGGAGUAUGACGGCCUGACGGGUCACGUGGAGUUUAACAGCAAAGGUCAGAGGACCAACUACACCCUACGGAUUCUGGAAAAACACAGAGGAGGCCACAAAGAGAUUGGGAUCUGGUACUCCAACAACACCCUCGCCAUGAACUCCACCAGUCUGGAUAUUAAUGUCUCCGAGACGCUGGCAAACAAGACGCUUAUUGUUACCACCAUUCUGGAAAACCCUUACGUGAUGCGCAAAGACAACUACCAGGACUUCCAAGGCAAUGACCAGUACGAGGGGUUCUGUGUGGACAUGCUGAGGGAGCUGGCAGACAUUCUCAAGUUCUCCUUCAGGAUCAAGCUGGUGGACGACGGGCUCUACGGCGCCCCCGAGCCCAAUGGCUCCUGGACGGGCAUGGUGGGAGAACUGAUCAACAGGAAAGCAGACCUGGCGGUGGCAGGCUUCACCAUCACGUCAGAGAGGGAGAAAGUUAUCGACUUCUCCAAACCCUUCAUGACCCUGGGAAUCAGCAUCUUGUACAGGGUCCAUCUGGGUCGUAAACCAGGUUACUUCUCCUUCCUGGAUCCUUUCUCCCCGGCUGUGUGGCUCUUCAUGCUGCUGGCCUACCUGGCUGUGAGCUGCGUGCUCUUCCUGGCUGCAAGGCUGAGCCCCUAUGAGUGGUAUAACCCUCACCCGUGUCUGCGGGAGCGCAGGGACAUGCUGGAGAACCAGUACACACUGGGUAACAGCCUGUGGUUCCCAGUCGGCGGCUUCAUGCAGCAGGGAUCCGAGAUCAUGCCCAGAGCCUUGUCCACCCGAUGUGUCAGUGGAGUGUGGUGGGCGUUCACCCUUAUUAUCAUCUCGUCUUACACGGCCAACCUUGCCGCCUUCCUGACCGUGCAGAGAAUGGAGGUCCCCAUCGAGUCUCCAGACGACUUGGCCGACCAGACCAACAUUGAGUACGGGACCAUCCACGGAGGGAGCACCAUGACGUUCUUCAUGAAUUCCCGCUACCAGACGUACCAGCGUAUGUGGAACUACAUGUACUCCAAGCAGCCCAGCGUGUUUGUGAAGAGCACCGAGGAGGGCAUCGCCCGCGUGGUGAACUCCAAGUACGCCUUCCUGAUGGAGAGCACCAUGAACGAGUACCACCGCGGCCUCAACUGCAACCUCACGCAGAUAGGAGGCCUGCUGGACACCAAAGGAUACGGCAUCGGCAUGCCGCUAGGCUCUCCGUUCAGAGACGAGAUCACGCUGGCCAUCCUCCAGCUGCAGGAGAACAACCGACUGGAGAUACUCAAGAGGAGGUGGUGGGAAGGAGGACAGUGUCCUAAAGAGGAGGACCACCGUGCCAAAGGUUUGGGCAUGGAGAACAUCGGCGGCAUCUUUGUGGUGCUCAUCUGCGGCCUCAUCAUCGCCGUUUUUGUGGCCAUCAUGGAGUUUGUGUGGUCCACUCGUCGCUCCGCUGAGACCGAUGAGGUAUGCCCCCAUACCUGCCCUCGCCGAACCCGCAGACACACCCCAGUGUCUGUCUGUCAGGAGAUGAUCACAGAGUUCCGAAACGCCGUCUCCUGUAAGAAGAGUUCCCGCUUGCGUCGGCGUCGGCCCCUGAGCAGCUCGGCGGCGUUGCGUCACCCGAACCGCAUCGCUCUGGGAGCCCCCCGACCUUUGCGUCUCGUCCGGGAGAUGCGCUUGAGUAAUGGAAAACUCUACAGUGGAGCCGGUCCCCUCACAGGCGGAGCUGGAGGAGGUGGUACUGGAGGAGCAGCACCCCCUGAUUUGGGGCCCGGUCCCCAACGGCUCCUCGAUGAUCCUCUGAGUGCCAACGCCACCCCUCCGCCGCAGGCACCCGCUCCGGUGAUGCUGCCCACUCGCAGUUGUACCCACGUGAGGAUCUGCCAGGAGUGCCGCAGGAUCCAGAGCCUGAGAUCAGACGGCACUUUGGGAUCGGCCACGACAAGGAUACCGCCGUCGUCGGCGCCCCUGCCCCGGCUGCCCCCUCCCCCUCCUCCGUCCUCCUCCAACACGGACAGCGAGGGUGGUGGCGGGCCCAGCCCCAGGCGGCUGCACAGCCCCCCGCCUCACACGGUCCGCCCCAUUCCACCUCCACAGAACCUCAACAAAACAGACCUUCUGGGGGACCAGGCCUGAGGGGAAGUUACUUACGGAGAAACUGCUUGAUCCCAAAAAAACGUGAGGGAACGCAGACAAUAACAAGCGGAUACAAAAUGUGAUUAUUACCUUUAAAGGAAAAACGACUCAAACCUGUCGAAGCCUGCAGAAACAGCAAAGGCUGCUCGCAUGCGCUUUGGACCCAACUGACGGAAGUGCUUCUUUCUUUUCCCUUCUCUCAUUGAGGCUUUUCUUCCACGGACACCACCAGGAAGAUCCUGCUGUCGAAGAACGUGUUGUACCCGUAAGACUUCUUGAGGAUGAUUAAAUGUUGUUUUAUUCAUUUGUUGUCUGGUUUUGUUACCAUUUGUUCGAAGUGGGCGUUCAAUAAAAAAAAAAAAGCCUUUCUUGUGACAAAACGCUGGAUUAUGACGAAAUAUGACAUGACUUGGGAUAAUUUGUCGGAGAGUUUUGUGUCCCUCCCUGUUAUGUCCCAGCUGCUGGAAGGAUGAAUGGCUGACACACAAUUCAAACAGUAGCAGAGUUUGCAUCCUGUAUGUGUGUAAGUGUGUGUGUGUGUGUGUGUGUGUAUUUAACAAGUGUGUUCAAAGUGAGCAGAACUCAGCAGUCUCCUAUUAAUGUUAAAAGACACAAAAAAGGUGCCGGAGAUCAGGAGCACAAGGCUUUGAAAUGUAAAAUGAAUGUCCCUCAUUAUCCUGCUUGCUUCCUGUCUUCUCCGCCUUGACUCCGACAGAGCAGAGUAGAGUAGAGGAGAGGGAAAGGCUAUGAGAGGUACAGAAAUCAGGACAACUAGUACGUGUUGCGCUUUGGAAGACAUGCUAGCAUACUGUAGAUGCAAUACAGAUAGUUUCAUAAUCAUCAGACAGAUGAUCAUUCAUUCAUUCAUUUUUUACUGCUUAUCCUCAUGAGGGUCACGGGGGGGGGGGGUGCUGGAAAGGGCGAGAGGCAGGGUACACCCUGGACUGGUCGCCAGCCAAUCACAGGGCACAUAUAGGCAAACAACCAUUCACACUCACAUUCAUACCUAUGAACAAUUUGGAGUCACAAAUUAACCUAGCAUGUUUUUGGAAUGUGGGUGCAUAUUGAGUUAAUCGUAAUAAAAUACAUCACAAGAAAAACAACAGUGGACCUAAAACAGAGCCUUGAGGUACUCCUGAGUUGCCCAACAGAAAUGUCAGAUAUUAGAAAGGUGAUUUAACACAGAUAUGGGAGAAGUUGACAACAGAAACUACAAUGAUUUUGUUGCACCCAUUUUCUAUGCCACUGAUUUAGUCAUGUAUACAGAGCAACAUUUUGAAAAAAAAAAAACUGUAUAUCACUGAGAAUGUGUGAUGAUAACCAUAAAACAGAAUAAUAAUAUAAUAAAUAAUUCUACAUUAAUACAAUAUGGAGCCUAUCUCAGCGGUCUUCGGACGAGAGGCGGGGUACACCCUGGACUGGUCGCCAGCCAAUGACAGGGCACAUAUAGACAAACAACCAUUCACACUCACAUUCAUACCUAUGGACAAUUUGGAGUCGCCAAUUAAGCUAGCAUGUUUUUGGAAUGUGGGUGCAUAUUCAGUUAAUUGUAAUAAAAUACGUCACAAGAAAAACAACAAUGGACCUAAAACAGAGCUGGCCACCCUGGACUGGUGGCCAGCCAAUCACAGGGCACAUAUAGACAAACAACCAUUCACACUCACAUUCAUAUCUAUGGACAAUUUGGAGUCGCCAAUUAACCUAGCAUGUUUUUGGAAUGUGGGAGGAAACCGGAGUACCCAGGGAGAACAUGCAAACUCCACAGAGAUGGUCAAGGGUGGAAUUGAACUCGGGUGUCCUAGCUGUGAGGCCUGCGUGCUAACCACUUAUACACUGUGCAGCCGACAGAUGGUCAAUCAGUCUUAAAAGUUGCUAAGUUCAUUGGCAGCCAAACUUUUCAACCAAUCUUGUUCAAAUUUUACACACAUGUGCUUGUCAGUCCCUUAAAGGUGCAUAACAAUUUUUUUGGUGCUUCAACUAAACCGUAAACCAUAAAGUUACAGUAAAUAUUUUAUAGCUGUGUGAGAUUUGUCAAGUCGAUCCAACUCAUUGGGGUUUAACACAGUACCCAUGUUUGGGUGCAUGUUUUGACACAUGUCUCUUUUAUGUAUGUGGUAUGUACUACGUAUCAAAAGCAGAAGGACCUGACAUCUGAGUCAAAAGGAAGCUACAAAAGGAACUGCUUCCAUGAUUAGAUCUGUCUGCCUGUUAAUUCUGGGCAUCUUUUUAAAGAGGUUUGUUAACGCGCCAGCAAGCUUUUUUUUUUUGUUUGUUUGUUUUGUUUUCAUCUCGCCGUUUUAACUUGGCCGUCCAGCGCAGAGAGGCUGGGUGCCAGAACGAUAGACUCAACACAGCCUCGUCAAUACUGUCUCAAGCUUUUGAUUGCCUAAUUACUCCCCUCGCCGACUGGGGACCACUGCCAGGAUCGAGCGCAUCGACGAGCAUACUGAUGAAUAGAUGGAGAGGACACACAUUUCCCAGAAUCUUUUAAUUGCAUUGUUAACGUUACACACCCCAACCGAUCAAUGCACCGCAGAGGUUUUAGGUUUGGACAAUGCAAGGCCCUGAUGAUUCAACAGACUUGUCACCACCACUCUCUCUAGCGCUCAAGUUGAUUUUUUUUUUUUUUUAGGUAUCUGGCUACAUUGAAUUUGUGCUACAUGAAAGAGUUGCUAUGGUUACCAGGAUCCGGUGCAUCGUUGAUUAUCCAUUCUUGUUUGUGACAUUCCUAAAGAAGAUUCAUGCACCUUGUUUGGUAAAAUACUAUAAACUAACUUUGUUGUACAGUAACAAAAUAAAUAUAUAUUAUCAGAUAUAUUUUCCACUUCAAUACAAUACAGCUAGCUCACUCACAGUCACCAAAAGUAUACUUGAUUCCCAAAGUGGGGCACGUCAAUUUCCAAAUUGCCAAUUAGCGCCUAACGCUCAAAAUUACGAGUGCUCCUGAAUGCCUCAAAAUGCGACGAGAUCGCAGCAGGAAGUAGACAACGCGACAAGGUGUUCCUUGCUUUGUGUGCAUCAUAUCAACAAAUGAGUGUGUGUAUAUAUCCUAGAGGCUGGAGGGGUGUAGGCUCACGGCAAAGACCAGAGAUCUUGCGUUCAAAAAGGUUUAACCGAAGGAUCCGGCGUGCUGCCGGAUGGGCCUCUGCACGCUGCUGUGGGAGGCACAGUGAGCUUCAAUACCAAACUGACUCCCACAGCAACACCAUUACUGGUUGUGGCCUGGACCUUUGUCGUUAACAGCGAGGA